CAUGCGUAGAUGCUGAAUGCUACUGGGUGCGCCAUAUUGCUGGUUUACUAGGGGAGUGGAGUUGGCGAAGCCGCUUGGAAAACCAAACCCGUUUCCGGACAUGAAACCCUGAGAGGAUAAUAAGUGAAUAAGCGCGGUAGGAUUUAUUAGUUUGCUUGACUGCAGCGUGUUUCAUUUGUUACAUUGCUUGCCAUUUUAAGAAGAGAAGAGGGGUUCCCGUUAAACUCUGAGUCCAAUGGAUCCCAGGACUGCUUGGAUCCAACCGGAGCAGAAGGUACCUGCCAAUUCCCUGUGGAUGCACAUUUGGGGAACCCCUCAGGAAUUCGGAGCAGGCUCCGGUAUCGACAGCCGCCUUCAACAUCAACGUAACUUUGCAGCGCAGAGCGCGAACUCCAUGGACUCACGCGGUGAGUAUUGCAGAAAUGUAGCACCGCCACCGAUGGUAGUGUUGGGGAACCUGUCGAAGCGAGACGGCAGCGGGGAGAGGGGAAGUGUCCGGAGGAAGGGCUCGUUGUCGCCGUCCUCCUCCUCUCUGGACUCGGAGGCCGAGAGUUCCUCGCCCUCUGGCUCCUGCCUGCACAUCGACAAUUUGAGCGUUACAGAAGAGGCUAACCAGUUCUUGCACUACGGCAAGCAGGAGUUGAAGGAGAACAGUCUCCGACAGCAACACCCUCUAACCCCUUUUCACACUGUUCAGCAAGACUGGCGCAGCAUGCAACAAUCUGCCGACCACACCCCCCCUGGGAUAAGAAAUCAGCAUGGGAACAAGCACCACUAUCAGACAACCAGCCGCAGGAAGCACCUGAACAGGGCCAACACUUUCCACGGCAUCAACCCCCCCCUGUUCUCCGACCCCAAUGCACAUCAACCAGACUCUAAUUGUAGCCCGUGGAAAACCAGGCGCUACAGCCAGGGCAUCAAUGGUCUUCACGAAGAGAUUCUGGACUUCUUCAGCUUCAUGUCACCAAAACCAGAAGAAGAAUCAAUGAGAAGGGAUGUAGUGAACAGAAUAGAGGGGAUUAUCAAAGAUUUGUGGCCCACAGUACAGGUGGAGAUAUUUGGCAGCUUCAGCACUGGACUUUAUCUUCCAACAAGUGACAUUGACCUGGUGGUGUUCGGAAACUGGGACCAUCCCCCGCUGCAAGAACUGGAGCAAGCCUUGAAAAAACACAAUGUGUCGGGCUCACAUCCCAUCAAACUCCUUGACAAAGCUACAGUGCCAAUCAUCAAGCUUACAGACUGUGAAACACGAGUCAAAGUGGACAUCAGCUUUAAUAUAGAGACUGCAGUCAAAGCAGCACAGUUCAUCAAAAGCUACCUUAAAAAGUACCCCGUUCUGCCACCCUUAAUCUUCGUUUUGAAGCAGUUCCUGUUGCAGAGAGAAUUGAAUGAAGUCUUCACUGGAGGCAUUAGCUCAUACAGUCUUAUACUAAUGGCUAUCAGCUUCCUGCAGCUACACCCUCGGAUAGACACGAGCCGUCCCAACAUUAACCUGGGCAUCCUGCUGAUUGAAUUUUUUGAACUGUACGGCCGUGAUUUCGACUACAUUAAGACCGCCAUCAGAGUGAAAAAUGGAGGAGCCUACCUGUGCAAGGAGGAAAUGCUCAAAGAAAUGGGGAAUGGAAACAGACCAUCAAUGCUCUGCAUAGAAGAUCCAGUCCAACCAGGCAACGACGUGGGCAGAAGUUCAUAUGGAGUCCUGCAAGUCAAGCAGGUCUUUGACUUUGCCUACAUGGUACUGAGCCAUAGUGUUUCUCCACUUUCACGUGCAUACCCUAACAAAGACUGUGACAGUACUCUGGGAAGACUCAUCAAAGUCAAACAAGAGGUCCUGAAAUACAGGGACUGGACAAUCCAGAAGUGGGGUGCCAAGCAGUAUGCCAAGCUGGGAAACCACAGAAUGUUGUCUUCAACUUCUGAUGUAGAGGCUUGUGAACAGGAUCUGGCCAGGCUGAUGCUGGGUGGGGAUCAAAGAGAUGCAUCCUCCCCGCUCAGUGCCGACUCCCUCUCACCAUCUCCAGUUUUCGUUAACAGCCCCCAUCACCGUUUGUCCUCGUCCUCUGUUUGCUCACUCUCCUCUUCUUCCUCCUCGGGAAGUGACAUAGAAUCGGAGUCCCCUCACAGCACCGAUGCUACUAUCCAAUUCCAUCCCCUUACCUUCCAGUCAAUGUUUCAGAUGGCUACUAACCUGAGGACUGCGCAUCCAGCAGGCUUUAUUCACACAGUGCAUCAGAUCCAGAUGUCCCUCCCAGAAAACAUAGCCAUCCCCCCUCUCUCCAAUUGCCGCUUCUACCACGAGACCCCUCCUUCUAUCAGCGUUGUGCACCGUCAGUCGCCACAAGCCGCAGCACAAACCCCUCAAAUCUCACAAUACACGAACUCUACCAGCCCUCUCCUAAGUCCCCACCACCACCACCACCAUCACCACCACCACCACCAACAACAACUUCACCACCCUCAGGUAGGAGGACUGCAGAGCCGCUCUUAUGCCAUGGGAUCCAAUUCCCACGGUUCACUGGAGCAUCCCAGACUUGGCUUCAAGCACAAUCAAGGCAGUAACCUCCAAGGCCAAAGUCAUGGUAACUUCAGUCCUCAGCGCAGAUUUGUUCCCCAAGUUCAUAACGCUACAUCGGGUUUCAGGAACCAGCAGCAGUACGGCCGCAACGGCUGUCGACGCAAAAAGAAGGACAAUCUUCCUGCCUUCAACCAAAUCAGAUGAAAGAAUACACAUACAGUAUUUGUCCCAACUGGUUUCUGAAGGCCUCUCUACAACCAUCAAAGUGAUCAUGUGAUGAUACUUUUCUUUUUUUAAUCUUGAUGUGGGAGGCUGUCAAAAAUGCACCUUAUUGUGCUAGCAUUCCCAAGUCAGUUCACGAUGUCGCGACUUCUCGUCAGAAAACUGAAUUUAAAUCCAUGACUGAACUCAUUUUGUUACAUCUGUCUGAAGUCAGAAGCCCCUCUCUCAAUGUGACGCACACCAGCACAGACUUGAUUGAGGAUUUCCCAGACUUAACCUUCUCAUCAGUGUUACUUCCUAGUUUAUUGAGCAGCUCAAGUCAAAUAGAGUUUCCAUGGAACUCGGACAUUUUUGAACAUCGUGUGCCAUUUUACUGAACUGGUUCGUCGACUCUGGCAUCUCUUGAACUCUUGACUCUUGUCGGGGCCCAUCUCAUCAGGUUCGGGGCUCAUUUGAUCUUGUGAAUGCAACACCCUAUUAGCUGAACUCUUCAUGAAGAGCCCCUACAGCUAGGGCUAUUACUACAACUUGUACUCUGGAUCGAAGCGAAGCACUACCUUUCUACCUAUGCAGCUCAACGCUGACGGUGUUUUUGGUGUGACGGCACAAAAACGGACCUUAUCUCAAGUGCUCAAACUGUGAUGACUUGUUUGAAUGUACGAAGUGUUUUUUGUGUGUGUGUGUGUGUGUGUGUGUGUGUGUUGGUCAUUACCUGUUGUCUGCCCCCUUAAUUUUUAUUUUUUUUAUUUAUAUUUUUUUGGGGGGUGGUUGUGUUUUAAAAACUUUUUUUUUUUUUUUUUUUUUUUUUUUUUUUCCCCCUCACCAAUGUCUCCUCCCCCCACACACAUUAGCACGCCUGUGUUUUGUUCUGUACUGUAAACAUUGCCACCUUAUUUUAUGUCUGUUGCAUUUCUGUGCAAUAUUGACCAGUUUUAAUUUAUUACACUUUUUUUUUUUUUU